UUAUCCAUAACAAAGUAUCCGUCUUCAGCAAAGCAACAAUCCAAAAUGGAAGUUGGUUUUUUUAGUGCUGGAUUUUUUGGAAUUUAUUUUUAUUGAAACCAUUGAAUAAUAGUUCUCAAUGUAGUCGAUAUGUUGAACCAAGUAUCAAUCGAAGCUGUGUAUUCAGCCACUUACGUGGAAAAUUAUCUUGACUGUGUAGAAAACCUUCCAGAUGAGCUGCAAAGGUUAAUUUCCAGGAUGAGAGAGCUGGAUGUUUACUAUAUAGCAAGGGUGAGAGACGUUGCUUUGCAGACAGAGAACUUCAAAAAUAUCAGCAGCAACAAUCACGCGAAGAAAGCGAAGACUUUCUAUAGGAUGCAGCAAGCACUAAUUGCUGCUCAGGAAUUGGGCGAUGAAAAGAUGAGUCUUCUACAAACCAUUUUAGACAAGAUCGAAAUCAAAACUAGACUAUUGGAUCAAGAUUUCAAAAAUUUGGAUUUUGGCAAGGAAGAACCGUCCCCCACCGAAUCGAGGGACCCCUCCGCUACGCUGGCCCCAUCUACGCCCUCUUCGGCUGUCAACAACGGCAACGGCGGCGGAGCGGUCGCUUCGACAGGAGAGAGGCCCUCCAAACGGUCCCGGCGGACCAGGCACGACACGGCCGAGAGCUCGAGCGCCGCGGAGGCGGCUGCUGCGGCCGCUGCCGCGGCAGCAGCCACGGAACACUCGCUGAGGAGCCAGGAGUCGAGGCCGACUACUUCGGCCGCAGGCAGUGGAUCGCAGAAGAAGUCUUCCACCAGCAAGAAAAAGAAACGCAAGACACGCCAAACUGCCCAGUCGUCGCAGCAGGCACCGAAGGAAGAAUCUCCGCCCCGCGAGGAGGAACAGGUCAUCGACCCAGACGAGCCGACGUACUGCCUCUGCGACCAGAUAUCGUACGGGGAGAUGAUCAUGUGCGACAACGACCUCUGCCCGAUCGAAUGGUUCCACUUCUCGUGUGUGUCGCUGCAGGUGAAGCCGAAAGGCAAGUGGUUCUGUCCGAAGUGUCGCGGCGACAGGCCGAACAUAAUGAAGUCGAAGGCGGUCUUUCUCAGGGAGCUCGAGAAGUACAACAAGGAUAAGGAGGAGAAGACGUAAAGAUGAGGAUGGAGGCUGCGGGGGUCUUCGGGAGGGGUGGGAUGGAUGUCGGGUUGUCUUCCAAAAUUUUUGUUUUGUUUUUAAGGCUGGUAACGAGUGGGGGAGGUCCGCUGUCACUCUGAAUCAGAGAUUCACUUGAUUUGCUGUAAAAAAUGUGAAACGAUUUCGACAAGCAAAGGGAAAGAUAUAAUGAAACAUUGAAUGUGAAAAAUUUGAAAAGUCAACCUAGCAGCAGCUGAGUACAACGCCACUCUUUGCAUUUCGAGACUUUAGAAAGUAAAUAAAGUGUUCUUUGAAUGGA